UUGGAGCUCAACUCUCUCUUUCUCAUCAAUUCUCUUAAUCUAUAGUCACAAACAGAAACCCGAAACCGAAAUCUCUCUCUCUCUCUCUCUCUCCGUUUCAUUUCCAUGGCUGCCGACCAACUUCCUGUAGAAGAAGCAAUGCCAUGGCUUCCUUCUCAAGUUCUUGACGAAGCUUGCGAUAUCAAGGUGUAUAAGAGGCAACACCUCCACCACCACAUUCAUCAACCUUCAUUCCUCCAUCGCCAACGCCCUCACCAUCGUCCUCCGUUAUCGCCCUCCGAUUUCGCUCUUUCGCUGAAUGAGAAAUCGAAGUACAGUAAUGAUUGUUCUCGGCCGCACCAGAGGCAAAAACCAGCGGCUGCGGCGCCGAAUUGGACGGCUGGAGGACAUGGAAUGCAAGCGAUUUUUCUCGAUUCCGGCCGCCAAUUAGGCGGUACCGGCGUUUUUCUUCCUCGAGGAACCGGCGGCUCCACUAAUUACCAACCAAACCAAAAGCCAGCUUGCUCCAUGGUGCUCGUUCCUGCUCGAGUUGUCAAAGCUCUUAAUCUUGAUGUUCAAGCAUUAGGAUUGCAAAUUUCUCCACGCAAAGAGGCAAAAAACAACCAAAAGGGUAGAGAAUGCAACAACUCAAUAGUGAAAAACAAGAAGGCCAAAGAUGUGACAUCCACGCAUUGCUCCUUCAUGUCCCAAAAUCAAACCAAUUCAUCCCAAGAUAUCAUAUUCCUUCCUAAAGAAUGGACCUAUUAACUAGUUCUCCAAAUUAUUCAUAUUUUACAAUGUAUGAAAAAAAAUCAUAAUUCAACCAAAGCUAGGGGCUAGCUAGCUCUUUCUAUCACCUUUUAUUAUAAUGUACAUUUUAAUAAUACGUAUCAAAUUGUAACAUUCGUCUUUACCAUUAAAUCAAAUAUCAUUUCCAUCCCGU